AACAUGGCGUGAUGUUCUGAAAAUUAUCGUGAUUCGUGCUGCUUCUAUCUCAUUGAAAAUCAUCAUAAUGAGCAUCUUUGGAGAUUUCUUCGAACAGUUUCGUAGGCGUUCAGAAUAUCGUGUUCCAAUGGAUAUACCACAAGAUAUUCUGAAUGAUUUAUAUGAUCAUGGUAAUUUGGAUGAAAGUCAGAGGCAGGAAUAUCAUGAAUGUAAUCCCAACAGACAUGGUACUUUUUUUGAUAACCCAAUGGAUUUUAUGUCAGAAUUUGAAGAAAUGUUCAAUAAUUUCUUCAAAGGAUUUCCAGUCAUGGCUUUCCCACUACCUAAUGAAAACGAAAUUCCGUCACUACCGGGAAACGAAGAUACGCACGAGAGUAAUACUACGCUGCAGGAAAAGAUGUUGAAUGACAGGAAUCCUGUGACACGAAACCGCCGUUCUCCUGCACAGCCCCCAUUUUUGGGUGAAGGUUUACGAAGACCGGUCGAAAGGCCGGGUCGUUUUAAUCUUCUAAAGGAGGACAAAAAUCUCGACGAAGACUUGGAGGCGGGGGGCAAGAGUCUUGAUGAUAUUAUUCCUCGCGGGAGUGCCCAACCAGAGCCGCCAAGAACCUUUUUCGGCUCGUUUACUUCAUCAUCAGUUACCCGCAAUAGCAAUGGCGUUGUUGAAAGUAAGAAAACAAUAAGAGAUUCAAGAGGGAACGAGGAGGUCACUAUCACAAGAAGAAGUGGUGAUAAGGAAUAUACAAUAACGCAGAAAACAGACGAACACGGGAACAAGGAAACGAGAGAGAAUGUUGUUGAAUUCGGCGCAGAAAAGAAACACCUUGAUAUGUUAACGGGUGAUGAUCCACCAGUUACAAAUGGUCCGCCGUCUUUGUACGAGAGAUUACGCAGUUGGCUCAGUGUUUAAAUUUUAAUAUUUAUGAAGAUCAUGCAGUGUAAACUAAAAUAUACUCUGACGUUUAACGUCUAACGAUGUCAAGUGUAUUGCCCAUCCAUGUCCAUACGAAUACACCACGCGGUAAAUGCCGGUAAUGCGUUUGGCUUAGUGUUAUUUAGAAAUAAACAAUACUCAAUAGUCAAUGCUUCAAUUUCUGAGCUUAUAAAAGAUUAUACGUAGAGUGACAAUUAAGAAAAUACAAUAAGAAACAUUUAACACAUCACAAUAAACCUCACCAGCAAUAUCCGUUGCCAUUGAUAAAUAAAAUCAUUGAUCACUUCUAACUUCUUCAUUGAUCACCUUUAAUGGUCCUAGAACAACGCGGAUGAAUUGUGACAUAAAAACGAGCUUUAAUAAAAUAGCAGUAUAUUUUGUUUUGAAAAUGUUACUCACUGUUAAUUUCCCUUUCCCUGUGAAUAUACAAUUACACUGAAAAUUGAAGGCCGGAAGAUGCAAAGUAGACAAAAAAUUUCGAAAAAAAUUUGUAAUUGUUUUGGUUUGCGAACUAAGAUCCUAAAUUUGGUUUUUGCUUUAAUAUAACCUAUUUAAAUAAUAAGAAACAAAGUGAAAGCCACUAGGGAUGCCAGAACUCUGGGAAACAGCAGUCACAUUUGCUCUUCUUACAAUUUAUUUCCAUUAAGUUUAAAAGAUUGCAUAGCAAUUCACCAGUAGUAAUAAUGUAGUAAUAAUUGUGUAAAAGAAUCUACGUUUACUGAUGCUCAAAUGAAUAAAAAAGAAUUUUAAAAAACAAUAGGCAAAACCAAAAAAAUGUGAUUAAUAUUAUCUAGGUUUUGGCAAAAACUUGCCCAUUUUAUUUAACAAUUUUAAAUGCACUUGUAAAUAAUAUACAACAUUUCAUUAUGCUGCCUCUAACUUCUUUAAAAGUGUCAACAUGAUAUUUCUAUCAAGUUUAUGUUUGCUUUUUCUUCAAGUUGCCACUGGCCAUCAUGUAUAUGGAUGCCAAGCAAAUACCAAUUCCAGCAGCAGAUGCAAUCAUGCAUGACCUAAAAGCAAAUGUUUGUGGCAAUAUAAAUUAUGUAAAUAGAAAAAAGGAGCUAAGCAAACUAAUAUACUAGAGAAGUAAACAAGUGAACUAAAAAUCCUUGUAAAGAGGCUGUUGUUAGAGAGGGCCCUAUUCUUCUGUGGUGUCCACAUGCACAUAGUUCUCAUUUUACAUAGGUCUCGACACUAAAUUAGCCUGCAUCUCAAUCAUACAAAAUAGAGAAAAAUUGCACCCAUUCAAAAAUACAUUACUCAAUUAAUUCUGCAUAAUAAUGUGCAAUUUUUGACAUUUUCAAAUACCUCCCUAAUAAAUAAAAAAUA